AACCCUAAUUUCUCCCCCACUCUCGUUUCACAGUCGACGGUCCAUGCUCUCGAGUUCCUUCAUCGUGGUACUCGACUUCAGCAAUGGCAACCACCUAUGAUUACGAGGAGGCUCCCGCCACCUACGACGAAGGCCGCCACCAAGACCUUGGCUACGACCCGAACUUCGUUCCCGACUCCGUUAGGUCGUUUGUCGUCCACUUGUACCGUCACAUUCGCGAGAAAAAUGUGUACGAGAUUCACCAAAUGUACGAGAUCUCAUUCCAAACCCUCUCCGACCGCCUCUUCAAAGACACUCCUUGGCCCUCCGUUGACGCCGUUUCUCAUUACGUCGACAACGACCAAGUCUUUUGCCUCCUUUACCGUGAGAUGUGGUUCCGCCAUCUCUAUGCUCGCCUUUCUCCCACUCUUAAGCAGAGGAUCGAUUCUUGGGAUAAUUAUUGUAGCCUCUUUCAGGUUGUGUUGCAUAGGGUAGUUAACAUGCAGUUACCUAAUCAAUGGUUGUGGGACAUGGUGGAUGAGUUUGUGUACCAAUUCCAGAGUUUUUGUCAAUACAGAGCUAAAAUGAAGAAUAAAACCGAGCAAGAAAUCGCUCUUCUCCGUCAAUAUGAUCAGGCAUGGAAUGUGUAUGGGGUGCUUAAUUACUUGCAAGCAUUUGUGGAGAAGUCAAAUAUUAUUCAGAUAUUGGAGCAGGAGAAGGAGGGUCUUGAGCAAUUUACUGCUACUGAUGGAUAUGAUUACAGUGGUGGAAGCAAUGUGUUGAAGGUGUUGGGGUACUUCAGUAUGGUGGGUUUGUUGCGAGUUCAUUGUCUUUUGGGUGAUUACCAGACCGGGUUGAAGUGCUUGCUUCCUAUUGACAUCAGUCAACAAGGUGUUUACACCAGUGUUAUAGGAAGUCAUAUCGCAACCAUAUAUCAUUAUGGUUUUGCCAAUCUUAUGUUGCGGAGGUAUGUGGAGGCUAUUCGUGAAUUCAAUAAGAUGCUCCUGUAUAUUUACAAGACAAAGCAAUAUCAUCAGAAAUCUCCACAGUAUGAACAAAUAUUGAAAAAGAAUGAACAGAUGUAUGCCUUGCUGGCGAUUUGUCUUUCACUUUGUCCCCAAGUGAAACUUGUUGAUGAGACUGUGAACUCUCAGCUGCGAGAGAAAUAUGGUGAAAAGAUGGCUAGGAUGCAAAGAUAUGAUGAUGAAGCUUUUGUCAUCUAUGAUGAGCUCUUCUCAUAUGCAUGUCCCAAGUUCAUUACACCUUCAGCUCCAAGCUUUGAGGAGCCCCUUGUAAAUUACAACCAGGAUGCUUAUAGACUUCAGUUGAAGCUGUUUCUAUAUGAAGUGAAGCAACAGCAGUUGUUAUCAGGUGUUCGGACAUUUCUUAAAGUGUAUUCAACUAUAUCUCUUUGGAAGCUUGCAAAUUACAUGGAAGUGGAUGAGCCCACUCUGAGGACCAUCUUAUUGACAUACAAGCACAAAACUCAUGCUGUUGAUUCUGAUGGAAAGAUUAUCUCUAAUGCUGAUGUGGACUUCUACAUUGAUGAUGACAUGAUUCAUGUUGUUGAAUCCAUGCCAGUGAAAAGAUAUGGUGAUUAUUUCCUUCGACAGAUUGUCAAGCUUGAAGGAGUGAUCAAUGACAUGGAUCGGAUAAAGCUGGAAUAGAUGACCUACUUGAUUGUUUUAUUACUUGUACUACUUUAGCGAAGGAUUUAUUUUAUUUAAAUGGCAUUUUGAUGCCCAUUUUGUCUUGGAAUGGGUAGAAUCUCACGUUAAGAUAUAUAAAUGGUUCCUUUUUGAGAGCACUGUGAGAGGGGAUUUAUGCAUUUGCGGGCUUGCCAGAAAAUUUUUGUUGCGACUGUUGCUUUGUUUGUUAUUCUUUAACUUUGGGCUAGCCCUAUGUUCAAAAUAUUGAUGUGAUGGAUCAUAGUCAUCAAUUUAAUGAAGAUGUGUUUAUUA